UUGCACCCGGGGGUAUCGACUGCCGACUUAGAACGCAUCUCGCGUGAUACAAUUGCCGAAGUCAACGCCAUAUCUUCCUUCUUAGGCUACCAGCUCCCGGAUCAUGAGCCUUAUCCCGCCACAAUAUGUACCUCGAUUAACGAUAUUGUCAUCCACGGGAUUCCAGAUAAAAGUGAAGUGCUGCAAGAGGGUGACAUCAUCGGGAUCGAUACAGCGGUCAGCAUUGACGGCUACCACGGCGAUAACGCUUACACCUUCCCCGUUGGAGACAUCUCACUGUCAGCCGCACGGUUGCUUAAUGUAACUCGGAGUUCUCUCUACGAUGCCAUUGCCGAAGCGAAACCGGGAAACCGUAUCGGCGACAUCUCUUCUAAGUUACAAGACGGUGCAGAGUCCGCAGGGUUCUCGGUCCUCCAGAAUUUUUCCGGACACGGCAUCGGGCGGAACCUCCAUGAAGCACCAGAGGUGCCCUGCAUGGGGGUCGCUGGACGCGGUUUACGUUUGAGACCGGGUAUGGUCCUCGCGAUUGAAACGAUGGUGAACGUUGGGCUUUCCGAUGUCCACAUACUGGCAGACGGCUGGAGCAUUGCGACGCUUGAUGGCACCUUAUCGGCGCUCUUUGAGCAUACGGUGGUGAUCCUCUCGGACGGACCCGAAAUUCUAACGGGGAGUUCAUUGUGGGAAAUCUAA